AUGCUGACUCCUGCUGCUGCUGCUGCUCCUGUUGCUGCAGGAGCAGGAGAAGCAACAGCAGCAGCAGAUGCAGCAACAGCAACAGCAACAGCAGCAGAUAAAGAUGGAUCUGCUGCUGCAGCAGAAGCAAUGGAGACAUCAGCAGAGGAGAUAGAGGCAGCAUUAUCUCUCCUUAGUAAGGACGUGGAUGCAGCCCUUGGCCUUACCAGCAGCAGCAGCAGCAGCAGCAGCUGCACCACCACCACCGCCAACAGCAGCAGCAGUGAGGACAGCUACCCUGCUGCUGCUGCAGCAGCAGCAGCAGCAGCAGCAGGAGGGGUCCUCCAAUUGGGUCUGUCUCGUCGUUUCUUAGAUAGAAGACACGAGAGGAUGCUCCUCUUAGGAACGGCUAACUUCCUUGUUGCACUCGGACAGAACUUGGGUCUUUCAACAGAAUGCAUUUGUGCUGCUCUUGGCUUCUUCUACUUGGGAACGGAGCAGCAGCAGAAGCAGCAGAAGCAGCAGAAGCAGCAGCAGCAGCAGCAGCAGCAGCAGCAGCAGCAGCAACCGCCGCUGCGGCUGACGAAUAGGAAAGCUGCUGCUGCUGCUGCGCUGCUGUUGGCUUGGAAACUUCUUGAUGACAGUGACCCCAUCAAGGUAUCGCAGCGGCAGAAGGCACUGCAGAUUGCUGCUGUUUUUAAUUUGCUGCAGCAGCAGCAGCAGCAGCAGCAGCAACAGCAGCAGCAACAGCAGCAGCAGCAGCAGCAACAGCAGCAGGAACAAGAGAAUGGCCGUAUAGGUGCUCAAAAUACUCCCUACAACAUUUCCGAUCCAAUGGUGCAGCAACAGCAGCAGCAGCAGCAACAGCAGCAGCUGCAGCAACUGCAGCAGCUUGCAUGCUCCUCAUCUGCUUGGCUGCUGCGUGACGGGGGCCUCUGCUGCAGGCAAUUAUCCAGUUUGCUGCGGCAAAAGGAGCUCUCCCUCCUACAGGCAAUUGAUUUUAAUUUAGGGGGGCCCCCUGGGGCCCCUGCUGCCCUUAAGGCUGCUGCUCUAUGUGCUAUGCCUGCAAAGGCAGCAGCAGCAGCAGCAGCAGGCUCGGAGUCUCGUCCCGAUGCUGCUGCUGCUGCAGCAACAACAGCAGCAGCAACAGCAGCAGCAGCAGCAGCAGAACUUCAACCGCAGCGAGUGCAGCAAGUGCUGCAGCUGCUGCGCCUCUGCCGUCUAUGGCAGGCAGACUUGCUGCAUGCAAGGCCUCGUAUUCGAUUACCCCAGGAGGCCCCCCUAAUAGGGGCCCCCAAGGGGCCCCCCUGA